AUGUUAACAUCUAUAAACAAUGUUAUUAACUCUACCAACGCGAUUAUAGAAUCUAUUAGUAAGGUUUUGGACUCUACCGAAAACCGCCAAAUAUCGUACGACACCAGAAUGGAGACCUUCCUUAAGGAGUUUUCCAUAAUUUUAGACGAGAAAAACAGAGCGAUAAACGAGCGAGAUAUCACUAUCAGACAGCUUCAAGCGAAUUUGUCGGAAAUUGAAAAUGAAAGAAACUCGUUAAAUCUUAAGAAUUCACCAACAAAGCAUGUUGACAAUAAAAGUAAGACUGCAUCGCCGCCAAUGCAGCCCCUGAUGUGUCAAAUGAAUAAUAUUGAGGAUUUAAUCAACUUGUCUGAAAUUAACGAUCUAUGUGAUAUUGAAACCGAUGUCUUGGGCGAUGCAUACAAAUCUGAUGAUAUGCUUCUAAGUCCAAACAAUUCUACUAUAAAGGAACUUGAAGCCUUUAUUGACAAGUCUUUCUAUAGCGCCUCUGUCGAGCUAUCUAAUCCUGUCCGGCAGCCGACGGACUUCUCUACUCUAGCGCAGGGACGCUCUGAGGAAAACUUGCCUAAACCCGAAGCUCAAUUUCUAACAUUUAAAGAAAAUGUUGAAACUCGGCUGCAAGUUUUGUCGUUCAAGCUCUUUGAACAGAAUAAUACCAUAAAUAUAAAUAAACAAGAGCUAUGCAAAUUGACCUGCAAAAAUUUACAUCUUAAAUCACGUAUCUCGGAGUUGGAGGGGAGAUUGUCGCCUAAGAAUACAAAAAAUGGGAGUAGUGACCUGAGCCCGUAUGGAAAAAUAGUUAAAGGAAAUAAUAUCUUAACUGCGAAUAUAGAUGCUUGUGCUAUUUCUAGUCGCCUUUCGCCUGGAACAACUGCAUAUGUCGAUGACAGCGAUGAAUAUGCUAUCUCAACUGCGAAUGCCGAUGCUUGUGCUGUUCCUAGUGACAGUCCACCCGAAAAAAGGGCGCAUGCUGAUGACACUUCGGCCCCUAUAAGUCAACAGUGUGGUGAAGAUAACAGCGGAGAUUAUGAUAAAGAGACUCGGAACCGGACUGACAAUAUCGUCAACCCAGAACGCACAAUCAAGUCAACAAAGCAA